AUGCGGAGGAGCUAUCUGUUCCGGAUGCUCUGGCGCUACAAAGUUUUCUUUCUUAUCGGACUGCUCCUGGUGAGUGCGCAGAUCUUUCUGGCCUACAAACUUCUGCGUUUGCCCGUCUCCGGCAACGAAACGACGGAGGAGCGUGACGUGAGCCGCAAAGUGUACGAAAAGUACGCCAGAAAAGAACCGGUCGCCAAUCAGUCCACGGCGGGCGAUGAUUCCAACAAUAGGCGGACGGAAACACCAAAACUAGCUAGUCAGGCAGCUCAACACCUAAAGCUGGAAGAGCUUUCGUUCGUUCCACCGUGUGAACUGACCCGUAAGGAAACCGUGUCCGCCAUCAACCGUGCAAAGAGUCAAUCGUGCAAGGCCAGAAUCGUUCAGGUGGCAUGUGAAAUACAGGAAGGAACGUUCUAUCCACGGCGGUUGUCAAACUACUGUCCACGCGGCGAUCACUCGCCGAACCGGGCGCUGGGAUGUUUCCGCGACGAAAAAGACUUCCGACUACUGGCCGGGUACUAUUCCACCUUCAAGUCGAACAACUCCCCGGAGAAGUGCAUUCGGCUGUGUCUACAGUCGGGUUAUCCUUUCGCGGGCGUUCAGUAUGGCUACGAAUGUUUCUGCGGUGACGAAGUCCCGAAAGCGGUGGCCAAACUACCCGAUUCUAGCUGCAACAUCAAAUGUCCCGGCGAUCCGAAACAGGCCUGCGGUGGAUAUUUUGCCAUCAACGUCUACGAAACCGGCAUCCGAAAAUUUGCCGCCCAAAGCACGGAAACGAUACCGAAGCGUGAUGAAGGUUCGGUGAGGAUCGCUUUUCUGCUGACACUAAACGGUCGAGCCCUUCGACAGGUGCACCGACUCCUGAAGGCACUCUAUAGUCCAAGGCAUUACUAUUUCAUACAUAUCGAUGCGCGGCAGGAAUAUCUCUUCCGUGAACUCUUGAAGCUAGAGCAGAGCUUCCCGAACGUACGGAUCGCACGCAAACGCUUUUCCACGAUCUGGGGUGGCGCGUCGCUCCUCUCGAUGCUGCUCUCGGCGAUGGAGUACCUGCUGUACGAGUCCGGUUGGCCGUGGGACUUUGUUCUUAAUCUGAGCGAAAGCGACUUCCCGUUGAAGAACAUUGAGCAACUGUCCGCCUUCCUGUCUGCCAAUCGAGGACAGAACUUUGUCCGCAAUCAUGGCCGCGAAGUGCAACGGUUCAUCCAGAAGCAAGGUCUCGACAUGACGUUUGUCGAGUGCGACAAUCGAAUGUGGCGCAUCGGUGAUCGGACGCUUCCGGCUGGCAUUACGAUCGAUGGCGGCAGUGAUUGGGUGUGUUUGUCGCGAGACUUUGCGCACUACGUUACAACGCACGGUGUAGAUCCGGCGCGAGGAGGCGCAGAGCGAGACGACCUGGUGGCCGGAUUGCUGCGUGUGUUCGAGUACACGAUCCUGCCAGCGGAAUCGUUCUUUCACACUGCGCUGCGCAAUUCACGAUAUUGCCACACGUACACCAACAACAAUCUGCACAUGACCAACUGGAAGCGUCAGCUGGGGUGUAAGUGCCAGUAUCGACACAUUGUCGACUGGUGUGGAUGCAGUCCGAACAACUUCAAAGGCGAAGACUGGGACCGGUUGCACGGUAGCCAGCAGAAGAAGUUAUUUUUCGCCCGCAAGUUCGAGGCGAUGGUUAAUCAAGCGAUCGUCCUACAGCUCGAAGAGUGGAUCUUCGGACCGUACUCGGCGGAUUACGUCAAUCUGCAUGCCUACUGGCAAAACGUGUACCAUCACGAGGACAGCCCCAGAACACCGACGGACGGAGCGUUGCUGAACGUAGCGCACUCGUUGCUCCGGCUCAAUGGUCGCUCGAACGGGGGACAAUUCUACGAACCGUACCGGAUACGAGAGAUAACGCACUACCUCGAGCGUGACACAUACCGUGGGUUCCUUAUCCGCCACGAAGCCAUCGGAAACGACGGGGCUUCGCUCGAACUCGAAACGUGGGCAGUACCGAUCGUCACGGCGAAAGUAACCCGCACGACGCCUCUCGCCCGUCGGUUACUACAGCUCGAUGUGAGCACAGAUUACGACGAGAAGGAACAACUUUCACGCAAUUUUCAGCGCGUCAUCGGAAGCACCUCCGAGCCGGUCGUUAUCUUCCGCCUUGCUCAGCCACCCGAUGUGACGGACCGCGUGAAGGAACACGCGGUUAAUCAUUCGCUAGCAAUCGAAUGGAUCGAUCCGUUCGGAAAGGUGCUGUGCGUGAGUCAUUUUACCAUCGAAGAUAAUCCUGCCGGAGCGCCGCACACAUUCAACCACUUUCUGAAGGGCAGUAAACUGCGCCAACCGUUGCAAGUCGGUGUGUGGAGUGUGCGGCUGUUGCAGGGCAAAACAUUACUCGGGGUGACCCGGUUUUUGGUUACCGAUGUAACGUACUGGGACAAUGAAACUGGCUCCCGGAAGCAGCACACACACCGCAGACAGUUGUUGCCACUGGACGGCGGUCACCAACGGCGAACGUCGCUGGCAACGAGCCGUAUUCGAACCAAAGAUGUGAAGGAACGAUCGCCGCGGGCACCAGGUCACCAUCAUUCGGGUGAUGAUGAUACUAGUAACGAUGAUUGGACCGAACAACAACAAGAGCUGGAUCGGCUGGUUCCCCAAUUCUUCGCGCUCCGGGAAACCUGUGCCGUCGUCGGCGGUAAAAGCUCCGGUUAUGGAGGAAAGUUUGAGCAUUGUAAAGCCACGGGCUGGAGCAGCCUAGCGGCAGAUCCAAAGAGUGAUAUCUACGUCGAAUCCGUGGUCUCAAAGUAGCACUCGGAAGAAGUGGAGUUUAGAAUUAGAUUAGGCUAGCAAUACAAUUUGUAGUGCCAUUGUUUUGUUGUUAUUGUUACCCGCGCUCCUUCCCGCGCUGUCGUACCCAUUUAUCGAACCCAUUCAUCGUACAGCACGCAUUAGCCCAGGAUCAUAUCCCUGUUUAUUCUGACGACGCGAUUUGCACUCCAAUCUUCAACGUAUAAACGUGAGGCACGUGUUCAGCAGCUCCAAUCUGCCAGCGGAAGUAUCCGCAAACAUUGCACCAUCUGUGUUUUUUUACUCGAACGCCCCAGAGAAGCAUGUGUAUGUAGCGUGUUAGUAUUUUAUGCUUGAAGGCAGCUAUCGAUUGCUUUAUAGGAAUCAACAUAUUCAAGUGUUUGCGCGUGCAGCAAAACGAUAAUAAAAUGAAUC